CUUCAUCCCUUUAACUGCCCCCCCCACUGUAACCACGUCUGCUCCCCCUCCUCCCCAGCCUCUGACCCUGUGGAGACCCAGGCAGGGAAGGUGCAGGAGGCUCAGGAUACAGACUCGGACACUGAGGGAGGAGCGACUGGGGGGNNNNGGUCAGUGGACUUCCUGCGGAAUCUAUUCUCCCAGACCCUGGGCCUGGGCUCCCAGAAGGAGCGUCUGCUGGAUGAGCUGAGCCUUGAAGGAGUUACCCGUUACAUGCAGAGCGAGCGCUGUCGCAGGGUCAUCUGUUUAGUGGGAGCUGGAAUCUCCACAUCUGCGGGUAUCCCUGACUUCCGCUCGCCGUCUACUGGCCUCUAUGCAAACCUGGAGAAGUACCACCUCCCUUACCCGGAAGCCAUCUUUGAGAUUAGUUACUUCAAGAAACAUCCAGAACCCUUCUUUGCCCUUGCCAAGGAGCUCUAUCCCGGGCAGUUCAAGCCAACCAUCUGCCACUACUUCAUCCGUCUGCUGAAGGAGAAAGGCCUGCUGGUGCGCUGCUACACGCAGAACAUAGACACACUGGAGCGAGUGGCAGGGCUGGAGCCCCAGGACCUGGCUCAGGCCCACGGCACCUUCUACACCUCACACUGUGUCAGCUCCACCUGCAGACAAGAGUACACGCUGAGCUGGAUGAAAGAGAAGAUCUUCUCAGAGACAACCCCCAAGUGCGAGAAAUGUCAGAGCGUGGUGAAGCCUGGUAAGCCUCUAGGCCUGGGGGGACUGGAACUGGGGCCCCUCUCCCCCACCGCUCCCCUCACUCCACCUCUGCUGCCAGGCCCAUCCCCUACCCACACCAGGUCUGGUGGCUGCAGGGCCAUGCUCUUAGCUGUCCUCUCCCCACAGACAGAUCCCUUCCUGGGCAUGAUGAUGGGCUUGGGCGGUGGCAUGGAUUUUGACUCCAAGAAAGCUUACAGAGAUGUGGCCUGGCUUGGUGACUGUGACCAAGGCUGCCUGGCCCUGGCUGACCUCCUCGGAUGGAAGAAGGAGCUGGAAGACCUUGUCCGGCGGGAGCAUGCCAGCAUAGAUGCCCAGUCAGGGUCACAGGCCCCUAACCCCAGCACUGCCACCUCCCCUAAGAAGUCCCCCCCUCCAGCCAAGGAGGCGGCCAGGACCAAAGAGAGAGAGGAGCACCAGUGACCACUACCUCCCAAGCAGGACAGUGGAGCCCAGCCAGCACUGGUCCCUCUAACAUGGAGCUGGUGUGGGGCUCAGUAGAUCCUUCAUUCUCUUAACCGCUUUCUUGAAACCAGGGUCCCCAACUCAAUCCCAGAAAGUUCUAAUAUACCUGAGGGCUGAGGCCUGUGCAGCCCACAGCCUCUAACCACCCAGGGCUAACUCCUAACUACUUCCAGAGAUCAGGUUACCCCAAAACUCCUAACUGUGCCAGAGUGCUCUCAGGGGGUUGCUGUGGCUAAAUCUAAUUAACCUGCCCCAAUGGGGGCUGAACUUCUCUAGUGAAAUGUAACUUCACCCAGGGGGUGGGGCCUGUGGGAUCCCUGAGCCUGAAGGCCUCCCAACUCUCGGCCUCCAACAGACAAAGUGGGUGCUGGCCUCCCUUUCCUAGGGUCCCACUUGCCAGCCAGUGGGGGAUGAGCAGGAGACCUUGUUUAUUGGAAACACAUUAAAAAACAAAACAAAACAACUAA